AUGGGCAGCGCCGACUCUAAGCUCAACUUCAGGAAGGCGGUGAUCCAGCUCACCACCAAGACCCAGCCCGUGGAGGCAACCGAUGAUGCCUUUUGGGACCAGUUCUGGGCAGACACAGCCACUUCAGUGCAGGAUGUCUUUGCCCUUGUACCAGCUGCAGAGAUCCGAGCAGUGAGAGAAGAAUCACCUUCUAACUUGGCGACUUUGUGUUAUAAGGCUGUGGAGAAGCUGGUGCAGGGAGCAGAGAGCGGCUGCCACACGGAGAAGGAGAGGCAAAUAGUCUUGAACUGCUGCCGGCUUCUCACCCGUAUCCUGCCUUACAUCUUCGAGGACCCAGACUGGAGAGGUUUCUUCUGGUCAACUGUCCCUGGGGCUGGCCGAGGAGGGGGAGAUGAAGACGAUGAAAAUGCCCGGCCACUGGCCGAGUCGUUGCUCCUUGCUGUCGCAGAUCUGCUCUUCUGUCCUGAUUUCACUGUGCAGAGCCACCGGAGGAACACGGUGGACACAGCAGAAGAUAUCCAUUCCAUUGACAGUUGUGAGUACAUCUGGGAGGCAGGAGUGGGCUUUGCUCAUUCUCCACAGCCUAACUACAUCCAUGACUUGAAUAGGACAGAGCUGCUUAAGCUGCUGCUGACCUGUUUCUCUGAGGCCAUGUAUCUGCCUCCCUCCUCGGACAGCAGCAACGCCAACCCCUGGGUACAGUUCUUCUGCUCUACAGAGAACAGACAUGCACUCCCACUCUUCACAUCGCUCCUGAAUGUCGUCUGUGCCUAUGACCCAGUGGGUUAUGGGAUUCCUUACAAUCACCUGCUUUUCUCUGACUAUCGCGAGCCUCUGGUGGAGGAGGCAGCGCAGGUGCUGAUUGUCACUUUGGACUAUGACAGCUCCACCAGUUCAAGUCCCACCGUGGAUGGCACGACCACUGGCACGGCCAUGGAUGAUGUGGAUCCUCCUGGACCAGACAAUCUGUUUGUGAAUUACCUCUCAAGAAUACACAGAGAGGAGGAUUUCCAGUUCAUCCUGAAAGGAGUGGCCCGCUUGUUAUCAAACCCACUGGUCCAGACCUACCUGCCAAACUCUGCCAAGAAGAUCCAAUUCCAUCAGGAACUCCUCGUCCUCUUCUGGAAACUCUGUGACUUCAACAAGAAAUUCCUCUUCUUUGUGCUGAAGAGCAGCGAUGUUCUGGAUAUCCUUGUCCCAAUCUUGUAUUUUCUCAAUGAUGCCAGAGCAGACCAGUCACGGGUGGGCUUGAUGCACAUUGGGGUCUUUAUCCUCCUGCUUCUCAGUGGGGAGCGUAACUUUGGGGUUCGACUGAACAAGCCGUAUUCUGUACGAGUGCCUAUGGAUAUCCCUGUCUUCACAGGGACACAUGCAGAUCUGCUCAUCAUAGUCUUUCACAAGAUCAUAACCAGUGGCCAUCAGCGUCUGCAGCCUCUCUUUGACUGCCUGCUCACCAUCGUUGUGAACGUGUCUCCAUACCUGAAGUCUCUCUCCAUGGUGGCUGCUAACAAGUUACUGCAUCUCCUGGAGGCUUUUUCCACUACCUGGUUCCUGUUCUCUGCUGUCCAGAACCACCAUCUCGUUUUCUUCUUGCUGGAAGUUUUCAAUAACAUCAUUCAGUACCAGUUUGAUGGGAACUCAAAUUUGGUCUACGCUGUUAUCCGCAAGCGGAAUGUAUUUCACCAGCUGGCCAACUUACCCACGGACUCACAGUCUAUCCAGAAAGGUCUGCAGCGCAAGAAGAAAACUCCUGAGCCUAUUUCUCGCACCAACUCCCAGGAUGGGGUCUCUAUGGAAGGGUCACGUCCUGCUGCUCCUGCUGAACCAGGGACGCUGAAGACAAGUUUGGUGGCCACUCCAGGAAUUGACAAGCUCACGGAGAAGUCGCAGGUAUCAGAGGAUGGGACCAUGCGUUCACUGGAGCCUGAGUCUUCACAGCCUCCACCGCAGGGUAACCCGCCCUCAGCUGAGGCAUCACAUCCCCGACGGGAUCGAAGGCGUCUCUCUAGUGCAUCCUCCAGUGGACAGUGGACACCAACUCCUGACUGGGUGAUGUCUUGGAAGUCAAAGCUUCCCCUGCAGACAAUCAUGCGGCUCUUACAGGUGCUGGUCCCUCAGGUGGAGAAGAUCUGUAUUGACAAGGGGCUCACUGAUGAAUCAGAGAUCCUCAAGUUCUUGCAGCAUGGCACAUUGGUGGGGCUGCUACCUGUCCCUCACCCCAUCCUCAUUCGCAAGUACCAGGCUAACUCGGGCACUGCCAUGUGGUUCCGGACCUACAUGUGGGGAGUUAUUUAUUUGAGGAAUGUGGAUCCCCCUAUCUGGUAUGACACAGAUGUGAAGCUGUUUGAAAUUCAACGGGUCUAAGAGAGCACUUACCUCUACUGAGAGAAAUACACUGGAUCUAAGGACUGCUGUGUGCUGCUUCGUCACAGCUAUUCCUGCGUUUCACAUCCAGCUGAGAGACCAAAAGGACAAUCACUUCAUUUACCUCCCUGUCAUUUAAAGCUUUAAUUGGGACCUGCUUGGACAUCCCUCCCCCCAGCUCACUUCUCUUCCCUCACCCUUCACCAGGAACCUUGAGUGAAAGAUGUGUAAGGGAUUGUCCAUUGUUGUGGUUGCACUAGAAAUCAGACCGUUCUUAGCUCUUCUGUUACUCUUUUGCUCCUGGAUGUGGUUUGGAAACCAAUCUGACCCUGUCCUUGCCCUGGUCAGAGUCAGCAUUUAAUUGAAAAAGACUAGCUGUAAAUCGAGUGCAAGGGAGAAGCUGCUAUUCCUGCAGGAGAUGGGGUUUGGAAACUGCAGUUACUUUCAUGUGGCUCCAUCAAGUUUCCGGGGCAUCCCUUCUGGCUGCAGGUAUCUCCCUGGUGUCUCAGUUGCAUAUUGGUAGGCAAGUCUUUCCCAUCCAAAUGAAAGGAGAAGCUGCUGAAGGAAAACUUUGUGUCUCAAUUCUGAAUCUCUCUACUCCUUUCCUGGAAAGCUGCUUAAGAAGUUUUGUAGUAGCCAGUGCUUUGGUGUUGCGUGAGAAGUUUUUCCUUGGCUUCCAGGCCCAGCAGCCUGUUCUUCAUGGUGGGCUGUUGCAAUGGAGUGUGUGUCACUUUGGAAAGCCCUGCUUAAUCCAUGUGAGCACACAGGGAGGAAGGGACUGGCUCAGUGAGAGCAAGGAGAAGAGACGUGACUGUUGAACUCUUUUAGUCUUCUCCCGUUGACUGAAAGGACAGUGUCACCUGGGUUUGAAAGGAACCAUAUCCUUCCAUCUUUGCCUGACAGGCUGAUGCUAUGCAGGGAGUGGAAGGGUCUUUUGCACACUACUGUCUAAGGCAGGGGAUUAAGGGAGGCACUCAGGGAAGUUGUAGGAGGAAUUUGGAAGUUGUAGGAGGAAAAGCAUCUCCAUGUCACUACGGAGUGGAGAGUGCUGAGGCAAAGUUCAGUUCUUCAGGGCACUUUGCUAGUGACCAAGUUAUCAAUCUUGAAUGUAUUGGGUCCCAAGUAUGCAAAGUCUAGGAAGCCAGAAUUAGAAUUGGUGGGAGACCUGCUGUUGCUGGCUUGGUUCAGCCGCGUGGGUUUGCACGUUGAUAGGUGGAGACAUCCUGGGGUUUGAGUCGAAUUUUAGGUUGUGCUGGGAGGGGCUGCUGUCCUAGACCUGUGUGGUUUUUAGACAAUGAAAUGUGAGGGGUCCUAUCAUGAACUGAGACCUUUCCCUCUCCACUAAAGCUUAGUCCUUGGUGCUCUGGUAUUCGGUCUCUUGGGAGGAUCACUGGCCAUGAGCUGUUUGCCAGUUUGCCACAGCUUAGAACGAGUCAGAUCACUCCAUGGAAACUGGUCUCACACGUUAAAGGGGACAGGUAUGGCACACACUUCUGUGUCUUGUAACCCUUGCCUAAGUUUUGAAGCCAGAGUGAUAGCAACAUGACCAUCCUCUCCUAGAGGGAGUUGCUGCCCUAGUGUGCUGCUGGCUCCUGCUGGCUUGUAGUCAGGUGGUUUCCUCCUUUGGGCACUGAAAGUGGACUGGAGUCCUAGGCCAGUAGAAAGCUGAAAUAAAACCUGAAUGAUUUGCUGAAGGAUAAGAAAUAUGUGAAAUAGAGAGAGGUUAUUCCCCCACCCACCUCCCCACCUCCAACCCACUUUGCCAUAUAGCACUACUCCCAUCCUGACCCCAUCUCUGUUCAGCUGUA